UUGUUUGUGUACCCGCCGCGGCAGUCGCAGCAGCCGCCUCAGUCAGAAUUUUUCUCGAUUUCCAGUUCUCGGCAUAGGACCUGGACCCACAAAAUCCUCCACAGUGCAGUCAAAAUGUUUGAUUGUGAAUAUAUUCGGCAGUUUUGAAAUACAAGUCACGAGUUUUCGAUUUAGUUGCCCAGAAUGAGCCAGACGCAGCGGAAUCUUGAUCGCAAGAUCGUUGUGAUUGGAGCCGGAGCAUCGGGGAUCGCGUGUGCCACCAAGCUGCUGGAGUACGGUUUCCAGAACGUGCUCGUUGUGGAGGCCGAGGAGCGUGUGGGAGGACGCAUACACACCAUCCCCUUUGGGGACAAUGUGAUCGAUCUGGGCGCCCAGUGGUGUCACGGUGAGAGGGAUAACAUUGUGUACGAGUUGACCAGGAGACAAGAGGAGGAACUGCUGGAGUCCACCGGCCCUGUCUACGAGAACUAUCAGUGUGUGCGCUCCAAUCGGGAGGUGGUACCAGAGAACGUGGCCAGCCGGCUCAAGGCGAUCGUGGGGGAUUCACUGGUCUCGCGGCAGCUGGAGCUGCGCCACUGCAGCGGAUCCCUCGGCAGCUACCUGACCAACAAGUUCUAUGAGACCCUGCGCCGGCCGGAGAACGCCGACAUCGAUGCGGUGGUGGCCAGAGAGUUCUUUGACAACUAUCAGAAGUUCGAGAACUCCGUGGAGGCCUCCGACACGCUUGAACAGGUGUCGGGACGUGGAUAUCUGGACUACUGGGAGUGUGAGGGCGACAUCCUCCUCAACUGGAAGGAUAAGGGCUACGUGGAGCUGCUGAAACUACUGAUGCGCGCCCGCGAGCUCAAGUCCGAGUUGGGGGUCCUGGAACAGCGCCUGCUCCUGGGUACCCGCGCAUUGAAGAUCAACUGGAACCGCAACGAUGGACGCGUGGAGUUGGAGCUGAGCAACGGAGAGAACUGUAUCGCCGAUCAUGUGGUGGUCACCGUCUCCCUGGGCGUGCUCAAGGAGCAGCACUGGCGUCUGUUCGAGCCGAAGCUCCCUGUGGAAAAGCAGCGCGCUAUCGAAGGACUGGCCUUUGGCACCGUCAACAAGAUCUUUGUGGAAUUUCCGGUGGCCUUUUGGCCUGACGACUGGACAGGCUUCACGCUGCUCUGGCGGGACGAGGACUUGGACGACAUUCGGGGGACUUCACGGGCAUGGCUGGAGGACGUCUUUGGCUUCUAUCGAGUGAGCUAUCAGCCCCGCAUCCUGGCCGGCUGGAUAACCAAUGUCAACGGCAGGCACAUGGAGACCUUGCCUGAGGAUGAGAUUCUGUCUGGUUGCAUGUAUCUCUUCCGCCGCUUCCUGCACUGGAACAUCCCCGACCCAAGCAGCUUCCGCACCUCUGCCUGGCACACAAACGAGAACUUCCGUGGCUCGUACUCGUACCGUUCCAUGGAAACAGAGAACCUGGGCACAGGAGCCCGCGAGCUCGCCCACCCACUCACUGUGGUGUCCACCACCCCGGAGCGGGAGCGCGAGCCGUCGGACGAGCUGCAACAGAGUCGUUGCGACAAGCCCAUUGUCCAGUUUGCGGGCGAGGCUUCCAGCGAGCACUACUACUCCACGGUGCAUGGUGCGGUCGAGGCCGGAUGGCGUGAGGCCAAGCGGUUGGCAGACUUUUACGGACAGAGUGCGUCUUGGUCCGGGACCAAGUCGCAGCUCUAGCUAUACAGAGAGAGGUAGAGAGAAAGAGAGAGGGCGAACUGCGAUACCUGACAAUGAUUUCAGUGCAAUGAAAGAUGGGAGUUAGUCUUUGUCUUCGUAUUACAAUCUGCAAUUAGCAAUCAAUCAAGAAAACUGAUGAAACAUCCUGCAUAGACUUUGAUAUGGAUAAGAUAUACAAUGUACCACAUAGGCUAUACUUAGACGAAAGAUUAUACAUACAUCGUAGGUACUAUAUACAUUAAUAUGUGAGUGUAGUGUCGAUAUGUAUUAUGUAUACAAAAUGUGCUGCCCAAUAAAGCUGUGUUUAAGUCUUCUUU